CUGAGGGGAUAAGAGGUUCCGCUUCCGCUGAGAAACGGAAGUCACUGUCUCCCGGGUGAACGAGGCUGUCGCAAGGAGGGAAGGCUCGUGCAGGUCCACCCUCCUGCAGACAUGGGGCGCAGAAAGUCAAAACGAAAGCCACCCCCCAAGAAGAAGAUGACAGGCACUCUAGAGACCCAGUUCACCUGCCCCUUCUGCAACCACGAGAAAUCUUGUGACGUGAAAAUGGACCGUGCCCGUAACACCGGAGUCAUCUCUUGUACUGUGUGCCUAGAGGAAUUCCAGACACCCAUCACGUAUCUAUCAGAACCGGUGGACGUGUAUAGUGAUUGGAUAGAUGCCUGUGAGGCCGCCAAUCAGUAGCAAAACAGAGGACCCACCCCCUUUGCAGACUCGCUGCUGAGGACCAGCCCGCUGGGUACCGAUCCAGAGACAUUCCUGAGGUCCGGGGUGUGGGUCCAGGGCCUUCGCAGCCCCUGCCUGUGUAUGGAGUGGAUGUGGAUGUGAAUGUGUGACUGCAAGUGUGGCCAUGGGGGUGUGCUCAUGGGCAGGGGCCUCCGGGGGUCUGAACUGCCUCCCUUGGCUCCAGAAGCCCUUUGACUUGCUCCCUCUUUCGGCCCCUGACCCCCUGGCUCUGGAGCCCUGGCUUCUCCGGGGCCAAUGUCCUGACAUCCUGGGUGAGAGCAAGCCCAGCAGAGACAGCCUCGGGACUCUCCGCCUCCUCACCCAGCUCCCCAGCACCUUGCCCGUGUGAACUGGACCGCACGCCUCCUCUGCCUUCCAAGGACUGUGGCCUGGGGUUCAGCACCACUGGCCCCUGGCUGGGCCCUGGCAGGGGGCCCCGGUUUAUGUAUAGUUGCUUUUAUAGAGGAGGGAGGGGCUGAGUUGGGGACUGUUAGUCACCAGUCCUUAAAUAAAGCAGCCGAUGCAGA